AAACACCAUGACCAUGAACCACACAACCAGCAGCAGCUAGGAAACACAUGCUCCAAAACCACCACCAUCAGACUGAUCAACACAGUGACAGACCCCAAACACACCCACGCCUCUAAUUCUAACUCUCAAGCUGAGUGAAGGGGUAGAAUGUGACUUCUUUUUCAGCUAACAUACAGGAAUUAUUUUAUAGAACAGCAGCCUUCAUCAAAAGGAAGUCUCUGCUCUUUCUUCUCUGUGUGUUUUGGAUAGUCAACUGCUAGCCAUCAGUGACUGUGAAAGACAAGGACAUACAGCCAGAGGAAACAGCCAACGCCUUAAAGAGAUGUCUGGUGGUCACAUCUCCUGCCUCUCCAAACAGGGAAUACUACUUCUCCUACUCUCCAACCUCCACUAUGGUGUGGGUGUUCCUCUGAUCAUCAACAAGAGAGUGGGGGACUCCGUGGAGCUGCUGGCAGGCUUAGAGAAUGGACAUUUGAAAUCCUUGGUGUGGAAGUAUAUGGGAAAGGAUAUUGCAGAAUUCAACUCAGAAGUUAUAUAUUCACCUGGAUCCCAGUUUGAGGGGAGACUAAAGAUGAACACCAAAAUCUUCAGUUUAACAGUCAGAGAACUGACACUGCAAGACUCAGGGGAUUUUCUACUUACAGGYGAAGGGGACAAAGGUCAGAUUGACAGUAARACCAUCACUCUGAAGGUCCACGAGYCUAUAUCCAAGGUGGCGAUCCAGACAGACAUCAAGCUAUUGGCCAACCACUCCUGUACGAUACGGCUGGUGUGCAACGUGUCCUGCUACCCCAACAUUACCUACACCUGGGAGAGAGACAAUGAGAUCUACGGGGACGCCCAGCAGAUUGACUUCUCUCUCUCACCAGCAGAGAGAAACAUCAGUGUAAAGUGCAACGCCUCCAACCUGGUCAGUUGGAAAACUGCCUCUGCAACAGUAAAGUGUAGUAAUGACACAACCACCCCAGAAUAUGUAACAGGACUGCUGUGGUAUACCAUCUACAUCGGAGUAUCAGGGGGAGGCGCUGUGUUGCUGAUCCUCACUGUAGCUGUGGCAGUGUGCUACUGCAGGGGCCAAAGUAACACAGCAGAUCUAACUGACGCAAUAUAUGCUGAUGUUAUGGACAACACAAGAAGUAGAGAUACMAGAUCAAACAGUCAGGUAAACACAAUAUCCAUCUAUGAAACUGUCAAUGAUCUGGUUAUCCCAGAUUGAACAAGGUAAGACAUAAAUGGUCAUAAUGGUAAAAUGUCUGUGAUUGAAUGGAAUAGUAUGUAGUCUACUUUGAGAAUAGUCUAUACCUUUCUUGAUGCUGAAACAGUUUCUUCUUGGUUGUCUGUCACAUGUAGCCACAGACUCUGUAUGACAAGACCACAUUUGGAGGCCCAGAAGACACCCUGGAGGAUGUGGUCAUAAGCUGGGCCUUUCAUAGAUAUAAAGCCCUCCGCAUCUUGCAUCAUAACACGUGUAUAUUCUUGUAGAUUUGC